AUGGCUAUUUUUGCCGAACAUGAUAAAGAAUCUUGGGAUAUACGGUUGCCGCAACUAGCACUGGCCAUCAGAGCGGCCAUAAAUGAAUCCACUGGCCACAGUCCAGCAUUUUUAAUGUAUGGUCGAGAACUGAAACUAUCACUCGAUCUCAUGUACGGUCCCGAAACGGAUGUUCUUGAUGAGUUAAAAUCAUCUGUGGAAGUCCGAGCCUACACUGAACGACUUAAAGCUAUUCUUGCCUCUGCACGUCAGUCGGCCAGAGAAAAUUUGGAAAUUGCUCAACAAGGACAAAAGUUUCUUUAUGAUCGACAUCGUAAAGAUGUCCAAUUUAAAGAAGGUGACCUUGUUUUGAUGGCUAAUACCUCAGGUUCAGCCUUAGGCAAAUGGGCCCUUCCUAAAUUGGCUUCUAGAUGGAUCGGUCCUUUUCGAAUUUCACGCAAGAUUGGUCCUCUAGACUAUGAACUGGUUUCUUUAGAGGAUGGUGCGGUUCUUUCGUCUUUUCACGUCGAAAGACUGAAACAGUAUCACCGCUCAUCGUCGUGCAUAAGAGAACUAAUUUGA